UCACGUGGCAGCACGAGCAGUAGUAGUGAUUAGUGCGUGCGGGUUCCACUAGGUGGCGGAAGUGACGCAACUCCUCACUCUGUCCACAGCAGAAGAAGAGGCUUCGCAGUGACCGGAGGGAGAUUCAUCCGAGUAAAUCGUAAAAAACCAGCUCCAGGUAUUUUGUCCAGGAUGAGUGAUCUGGAGGACGACACCAUCAUCCUCUCCACGCUGAAAUCCUUUAAGAGUUUAAUCUCUCGUUCUGACCGCUCACUGUUGGAGCCAGAGUCCUCUUACGGCAGGAGUGACCUUCAGAAACUCUACACACAGAGAGUCGAGAUGGAGGAAGCAGCUGAACGAAUCCACUCUAAGACGAGUCUGCUGCAGCUGACUCAGGAGAAACAGCAGAUGGAGCUGAGCCACAAACGAGCGAGGAUCGAGCUGGAGAAGGAGGCUCACAACAGCUCCAGGGAUUUACAGAGAGAAAUGGACCUGAACCAGGACCUGCUGAUGAAGAUCAGGCGUCUGGAGGAAAAAGAGGAGAAAACCCAGCAAGUGCUGAAGGAACAGAUGGACAACAGCAAAUCCCUGAAGAGGAACAUGGAGGAGCUCCAGAAACGCGUGCAGGAGAAAGACAGCAAGCUCUCCGAGGCCAAUCAGAUGGUGAGCGAACUCAAGGACGAGAUCCGGACGCUGAACCAGAAGCUACAGGUCCAGGAGUCGAAGUCCUCCAUGCAGGAUUUGGAUAAGCAGGCUUUAGAGGAACAGCUGGAGAUGCAGCAGAAGAAGUACCAGGAGGUCUAUCAGAAGUACCAGACUCUGCAGACCUCCCAGAUCUCCAACACUGAGAGUGAAAUCAAGAUUAAGGAGCUGAAGAGGCGUUUGGAGCUCCAGGAGCAGGACUCGAUCAUAGUGAAGAACAUGAAGACAGAGGUGACCAGGCUUCCUGAACUGAAGAGAGAAAUCAAACAUCUGCAGGAGGAAAAUGCCUAUCUCAGAGAGACGCAGGAGAACAACAGCCUCCUGAAAGAGGAGACGGAGGGAUUGAAGAGGAAGCUGGAGAGGAUGGAGAAGGUUCAAGAAGAGAAACUUAAGCUGGAACUGGAAAAAGAGAAGGUACUUCAGGAGCUGCAGGCGUGGGAGAACCUCGGCCAGACCACCGGCUUCAACAUCAGGAAGCCAGAGGACUUGUCCAAGGAAGUGAUGCAGAUCCAGCAGAGAGAGCUGAGUCUCAAACAACACAACUACACUCUGACCAGCAAAAUUCGCACGUUGGAGAAGACCCUGGUGCAGCUGCAGUCCGAGGCGUCUGAGCUUCGUGUCAAAGCGCUGGAGGAGCAGAAGAAGCGAGAAAACCAGGACGCUCUGGUCCGCCGGCUGCAGAAGAGAGUUCUGCUGCUUACUAAGGAGCGUGACGGUAUGAGAGCCAUACUGGAGUCGUAUGACAGUGAGCUAGCAGCUAGCGAGUAUUCUCCUCAACUCACACGCAGAGUCAAAGAAGCUGAGGAGAUGCUGCAGAAAAUCCAAAGUCACAACAAUGAGAUGGAGAUUCAGCUAUAUAAAGCUCAGGAGGAGGCUGGAACCUUCAAACUACAAGCUCAACAGGCUGCUGUGGAACUGGAGGCACUGAAAGAACAGAAGUCUUCUGUUUCUGAGACGAAUCUCAUAGCAACAGAGGAGGAGAUUAAAUUCUUAAGGCAGAAGGUUGAGGAGCUGGAGUCAGAUCGCCAGAAGCUGGAAGAGCAGAACAAUGUUCUGGAGAUGAGACUAGAAAGACACAACCUGCAGGGAGAUUACGAUCCGCUGAAGACGAAGGUGGUGCACUUCCGCCUGAACCCCACCAGCGUGGCAAAGCAGGAGCGAGUGGAGGAGGUGGAGAAGCUGAAGGUGGAGUGCGAGCGUCUGAGAGAGCGCCUUCGCAAGCUGGAGGCCGGAGGAGCCAUGACGUCUGAGGACACCACGCUCAUCAUCCCACCUUCACAGGAAAUCCUAGAUUUGCGUAAACAGAUGGAGAGCGCUAAGAUGAAGAACCAGCGACUGAAGGAGGUGUUCCAGAAGAAGAUCCAGGAGUUCCGCACCGCCUGUUACGUUCUGACCGGAUACCAGGUCGACAUCACCGUGGAGAACCAGUACCGCCUCACCUCAGCCUACGCCGAGCACAUGGACGACGCACUGCUUUUCAAGGCCAGUGGAGCAGUAGGUAGUGGAGAGAUGCAGCUCCUGGAGACCGAUUUCUCCCGGACACUGACCGAGUUGGUGGACCUUCAUCUGUUCCACCAGAAAAGUAUCCCUAUGUUCCUCAGCGCCGUGACGAUCGACCUGUUCAGCCGCCAGACCGUGGUUUAAGUGCUGUAGUCUCAGAACUCUCUGUGUACACACACACACACACACACACACACACACACCUGAGAGCUUCCUCACGCAUCUCUCUGUACACUGCUGAGGGUUAUGGUGUAAUGAUGUGGAACUCCUGAGUGUGUUCAUUUUAAACAUCAAAAUAAACAACUGUUUACUCUU